GGCUGGGGUAGCCUGGGUGGGGGCAUCUGAUAUAAGAGGUGGCCUGGAUGGAAGGGGGCUCCCGGCAGCUGCUCCCGCUGGUCUCCACGAGGGUCAUGGAACGUCCCCUGCUGUGUGUGCUGGUGGUGAUGGCUGGUGUGAUUCUAACCCAGGGCGGGAUCCUGAACCUGAACAAGAUGGUCCAAAAAGUGACCGGGAAGGUGGCCGUCUUCUCCUACUGGCCCUACGGCUGUCACUGCGGAUGGGGCGGCAGAGGCCAACCCAAGAAUGCCACGGACUGGUGCUGCAGAACCCAUGACUGCUGUUACUCCCACCUGAAGAAGGAGAGAUGCCGCAUCCACACGGACCACUACAAGUUCACCUAUUCCCAGGGGGACGUCCAGUGCCCUGCCAGGGGGAGCUGGUGUGAGCAGCAGCUGUGUGCCUGUGACAAGGAGGUGGCCUUCUGCCUGCGGCGCAACCUGGACACCUACCAGAAGCACCUGCGUUACUACUGGCGGCCCCACUGCAGGGACCAGACCCCCGAGUGCUAGGAGGUGGCCCGCCCCCAUCUGUCCCCAUGUGCCACACCCUGUUCCCCAGCCGUCUUGAGCCCUGCAAGCUGGCAGGAUUGCUGACGCCCCCACGGCGGUACUGAACCAGCUGGGCUCCUUUAAGAUGGUCCCUGGGGUAGCAGGUUCACAGGGGCACCCCCAGCUCCCUCCAACUGCCACCCAGCUACCUCCUGACCCAGGCUUAUCCCCAUCAAUACACUCAGCAUGCUGCAGCCUGA